AUCAAAUUUUGAAUAUCUAUGACAUGGUGACAUUUGAAUGGUGUUUGUGCAGUGAUAACUCGUAAUAGUUGGUAACAUCAUUUGUUCGCACGAUGGCGUCCGGUGGUGCAGAAAACACGACAGAGGAAAGGACCGAGCCAGCGACGCCGGCACAACCUCUCACCAAUGUUGGGAGCGAAACAGCACACAGGAUACUAGCAAUGAAUAAGGAUUCUGAUCUAUCUGGUGUGCCACCGAAGAAGUCACGUGUUGAAGUACAAUCUCUUCCAACUAGACAAUACUUGGAUCAGACUGUGGUUCCAAUUUUGUUACAAGCUCUGUCUAAUUUAGCCAAGGAAAGACCUGCCGAUCCCAUUAGCUUUUUAGCAGGAUACCUGCUGAGGAAUAAAAGCCAGUAUGAUAAUGGUGAAUCCCCACCUACUAGUCAAUGAAUUGCCUGUGCAUUUAUAAUAUGUGGUGAAAAUUGAAGAAUCGUUUAUAAAUAUUGAAAUUUCUUAGGAAUAUAUUCAAGUUGGGCAGAGUGUAUUUGUGUAAUAUCAAAUUAAAUAAAGAUGUAUUAGCUUUUUA